AUGGCCCCUCGAAAGGCAGCGGGCGCGGCGGACAGCGAAAAGAAGCGGAAAAGAGACAAAGCCGAAGACGUCGUUCGUUUAAAGAAACGCAAGGGCCAACCCCAGGAGGAGGCGACAGUCCCGAGUUCAGAGAAGAAGAGCGGUGGCCCCGGCCGCAGCAGCCAGCUUGCCCACCCGUCGACACGGGCGAUUGCCAACCAGAGGACGACAUGGAAGCUCUCAGAGCCAAUGGGCGGUGCCAUGGCCGACAUCGACCCCGUUUUCUCGACGGACGAAGAACACCUCAUUAUCGCGUACCACACGUCCCUCCAAAUAUACUCGACCGCAGACUCGCUCUUGGAGCGCCGGAUAAAACUGCCAGAAGAGGACCGUCCGGCUCGUAUUGUUGCUAUUGCCCUGUCACCCAAGUCCGAUGAGCUUGUGUGGAUUGGCUGCGCAGACGGCACGCUCUACCGGGCCAACUGGACGUCGGGCGAGAUUGAGCGGAUGACGCGCAAACAGGCACCUGCCCUACGGCUAGCUGGCGUGACGGUCGAGAUGGUGCAGCUUGGCAAGCUGGAGAAGGAGGUCCUUUUUCUCUCCGAGGGUGCUCCGGGCGCAUGGAGCGUGACGGCGUACGACGCAACGACACUGGCCAAGACAGCCGGCCGCACGCUGUUCACGGCUCCCAAGAACAGUUCGACCGCCAUCGACCUUUUGCGUACAGCCAACAACGGCCGCUUCGUCGUCGGUUCGAGCGGAAACACUGUGUUUGUUGGCGGCCUGAAGACAGCGGCGGGCGGUGACCGCUCGUCCGAGACCACUCUGGACGACGUGGCGUACCAAUUCUACUCCCUCGAUGCGGCCGACGAGAUCGCAUGCCUCGAUGUGCGGGCCACCAACACGAAGCGCGGCGCAUCCCUCGAUCUUGUUGUCGGCUGCGUCCGCGGCGCCAUCUACGUCUACGAAGACGUCUUCAGCCGGCUGCAGGAGGCGACGGCGGAGAGCUCUCGGAAGAAGAAGGUCAAUGUGCGGCCACGGAAGCACCAUUGGCACAGCCGGACCGUGAACUCGGUGAAGUGGUCCAGAGACGGCAACUACUUAAUUUCUGGCGGCCCCGAGUCCGUCCUGGUCCUGUGGCAGACGGAGACGAGCAAGCUGGACUUUUUGCCGCACCUGUCUGCCAGCAUCGAGAACAUUGUCGUCUCCCCGCGUGGCGCAUCGUACGCCGUGCACCUCGACGACAACUCGACCAUGGUCCUCUCAACGGCUGAGAUGAAGCCGACCUUUUACGUUUCCGGCCUGCAGUCUCUGACGCUGACACAAAUGCCCGCCAAGGACGCCCAUGUGCGUCGCACCUGGCAGCCGAUCCAGUCGAUUACGAAGCCCAUCCCCGCCGCCAUCAACCCGGCCGAUGCCUCGCGGAUCUGGCUGCGCGUCGGCAAUGGCCAAAAGGCAGCCAUGACAGGCGACCAGCCGUCGGCGUCGCUCCUGCAGACCUUUGACGUGUCGUCCUUCCGCAGCGUGGCCAAGCAGCCGCUGGCCCGCACCAACCCCACCGAGAACAACAUGACAACACAGGGCCAGCCGCUCACGGAGCCGACCGUUACACACCUCUGCGCGUCGCGCGACGGCCAGUGGCUGGCCUCCGUCGACGAGUGGCAGCCGCCUGAGCGCGACAUCAGCGGUAUGCCCGGCGAGCCGUUGCUGAAGAAGGAGUGGGCGCGCGACCGUCGCGAGGUCCACCUCAAGUUCUGGUCGGUCAGCGACCGGCGCGAAGAGGAUGCUGCUGCAGCUGCUGCGGGAGCGGCGGACGAGGACGUGAAUGCGUACGACCUGGUGACGCGCAUCGACGAGGCGCAUUUCACGAGCAAGGCGGAGACCAUUUUUGCUGUGGAGGCCGACACACGGCACGGCAGCCGGUUCGUCACGCUGGGCGACGACGCCGUGGUGCGGUUCUGGGGUAUCAAGACACGUGUACGCGACGGCCUGGUGGCCAAGGACGAUGCCGGCCGUCCGCUGGUGAGCUGGCACUGCACACAGUCCGUGCCGCUUCCGCUCGGCGAGACGGACGAUGAGAAGAACGGCCAUGGCGGCAGCCCGGCCGCCCGCCACAACAGCGACCGUCGGAACGGCGCCCUCGCCUUUUCCGAGGACGGCUCGACCGUGUUUGCGGCGUUUGGCGGACCAGACAACGAGGCCGUGCUGUACACAAUCGACGCCGAAUCGGGCGUUGUGCGCGAUACGCUGCAGGGCAUGUUCCGGGGUCGUAUCCGCGGCGUGGCCGUCAUGGGCUCGUCGCUGGUGCUGCUGUCGGCCGACCUGCGGGUGUUUGACAUUGUCGCUGACGAGCUGCGCUACGGCCUGACCGUGCUGGACAGCAUCCCAGAGGCCGAGCUCAGCACAGCGUCGGCGCUGACCCAGCUCGCCGUCGGCCGCCUUGCCAACACGUUUGUUGUGGCGGUGCCCUACAAGCUGGGCGCGUCAACGAGCGAGACGGACGCUGCGACUACGGCUACGGCUCCCAAAAAGACGGGCCAGACGACGCCAUCCCGUUUCGCCUCGCGCCUGAUUGUGUACUCCCCCGACCACGCCGAGCCCCUGUUCACCAAGAACCUGCCGCACCUGGUGGUGUCGCUGCUCCCCGCCGUCGGCCUGUCGGGUUUCCUGGUCAUUGACGCGGCAGCGCAGAUGUGGUCGAUUGCGGACGCGGCCGACACGGCGUCGCUGGGCCAGUCCCUGGCCGACCUCAACCUGCCGUCCACGACAAGCACGGCAAGCAACGCGAUCGCUGCGACGCUGGACAUCAACGGCGAUGACGACGACGAGGAAGAGGCCGAUGAGGAUAUGCACGACGCUAACGGUGCCGGCGCCGAGGACGAGGACACGUACGGCGUCGAGGACGCACACGAUGUUGUGAUUGCGCCGCAGAAGCUGCGGGAGAUCUUUGAGGCAGCGCCGGCCACGGCCUCGACGUCCAUCGAGGAGCUGUUUUGGCAGGUGUCAGGCUUGCUGUCGAGCCUGCCGAGCGUCGUUCGUGCGGGCUGA